AUGAAGAAACUUAAACGCAAAUUACAUGACUACUUAUCAGGGGAGAAGAAGAAGCCCAAGGGGAUGGUAAAAUUCUGCCCGUUAUCACCAUGCAAAGGCAAAAAAACGCCCAUUUUCCAGCUCAAUGAACAUUUACAAACGCCUCUACAUGGUCUUAAGCCUGAUACACCCAGCUACAGAGAAGCCUUGAAGGAAGCUCCACGAGUCGCUCUAGACUUCAUAGACGAUCACUUAAAGAAGCAAAAAAAAGGAGGAAAGUUGAGGAAGGGCAAGAGGAGAGCAGAGAGGAGUAGUGACGAUGAAAGGCAUGAAAGUAAUUAUGACAGCGGAGAGUAUAGGAGAUCGGGUGAAGAGGAUUGCCGAAAACGUGUGAAAGCAAGUAGAGCUAAAGUAAAUAAUGAUGGAAGCGAAGAUGAUAAAGAACUACGAGAUGAGAGCCAAAAGCCAUUAGAAGUAACUACUGGGCCAAGUGACGAUAACUGCAAUGACGUUUACCUAGAGGAUUGUCAAAGCGAAAAUGAUGGUGAGACCAGUGAACGAGUUGAUAAAGGUGCCGGUACAAUUAGUAAGGACAGUGAUCAAGAAUAUGACGAUCUUGCACGUCGAGCGUGGGAAAAUGCAAGUGAACAACGGAACGACAUUGUCAUCUUAUCAGACAGUGAAUCUGGUAGCGACUACAUUCCGGGAAGUGAUUCUGAGUCGAGUGAAUCUUACCAAUCUCAAGAUUCUAUUCAUUCUCUUGAUUAUGAAAAUUUGAUGAUAGAAAUGGUCGAGGUUAUCGGAAAGGAGGAAAUUGUAGCUGGAAAGUCAUUUCUAGAUAAUAAACUUGAGUCACCUCGGUGGAAGAAAAAAGUUCAAGAGUUUAUAAUUGCUCAAGAAACUAAAGGUUAUCGUUUUAAGAAUGAAGAAGAUUCUUCAGAAGACUUGAGACGAAGGUUUCAGCACUGUGAAGAGAGCGAAGGUGAUGAAGUCGAAAGCAUAUUAAUGAGUGACGAAAGCGACAACGAUGAUGCCUUGGAUGAAGAGUGGGAAGCAAGUGAUGGUGAACCAGAUCUUGAAAAGGGAAACGAAAGUCAGCAAGGUUGCUUUGACACUAUCACUGACAACUUAAUUACUGAAUUUUACGACUACAUGAUUGACGUAGAUGGAGGUUAUCGUAAUGUUAAAAUAGCACAGCAAUACAAGUCUCAAGUGAAAAGUGUUAUUCGCACCUGCACAGCGAAUUCGACACAGGACGAUAAACAAAAACAAUCCGGCCCUGCGAUUUACUCGCUUUUGACCCCUGGAAAAGUUGGAGCAAACAUUUUGAAGUCAUGGCUUUCCUAUGCGGUCAACAAGUACCGACCAGGAACUGUUAGGUCCUACUUGAUGAGUCUGCGCCAGUUUUACAAAUUCUUAAUCCAAGAGGAAAAGUCCAUACCGGAAGUAUCCCUGGACUUGUUUAACGCUCGCACAGAUCUCAUGACGUCAUGGUCAUCUGCACAAAAAGAACAUCUUAAAGAGGAAACUAGAGAAGUACGAUGAGGAUUAUCGGAAAAUUCUCUCAAGUGAAAGCCUUGACAAGAUUUGCCAUGGAAAUCAGCGCGUGAACGCUGUUAAGCAAUUGGCGGCAACCUCUGAAAACACACAUCGUGGUGAAAUUAUCAUGAGGACUAUCAAUGACAAAUCGCACUGUGAAGUGAGGGACUGGUUAAUGACACGAAUGCUGAUUGAUAAUAGUGGCAGAAGUGGGGUGGCAGCCAAAAUGACUGUUGCCGAAUUUAAUGAGGCUGUUCACUACCAGGGUACAGAAGAGGACCCAGCACGGUUCAGGGUAAAUGUAUAA